AUGAAAAACAGUGUAAGGUAUUACUAUAAUGCAACAAAUGCCAAAUGGUGGCAUUUCGAAGUUCUAUCAAGAGAAUGGAUAGAAUGCGAAGAAACUGAAAAUGGAGAUAUACCAACUAAUGGCAUAGCAAUUGAAAAUAAUUUUACACAAGAAUCUUCAAAAAAAUAUACCCCUAAUAAAUUCCAAAAUUCAGUAGAAAAUAGAAAGAAAAAUUAUAAGUCAUAUCGUAAUCAUAAAUAUAUAGAUAGACUAACUGAAUUAAAAAUUAAUGAUGUGCAAAAAAGACAAGGUGAUGAUUUAUUCAAAAAAAACGACCCGAACACUAAUACUACUAGUAAUCAUGUUAAUGAUAAAAACGAACCAUUAAAUGAUUUAGGCGAUUCAGUAAAUAUUGCAAAUAAUGAAGUAGAUAAUGUAUUGCAAUUUUCUAAAAAAAAUGUGAAACAGCCUCAAAAAGAGAACAAUAUAGAAUAUAUUGAAGAAUCAAUAAAAAAAAAUGAGGAUGAUACACAAUAUUACAGUGAGAUUAAUAAUACGGAAAGUAAUUAUGGUUACAAAGAUGAAUAUUUGACAGAUAAAAAUAAUAACACAGGUGAUAUAGAUUCAUAUGAUGAUAACGAUCCUUUAAAAUGGGAAAAUGAAAAUAAUAAUUAUGAUAAAGACAAUACUUAUUAUGAUGAAGAGGGUAUAAAUUAUAAUGAAAGUGGAGAAUAUUAUUAUGAAAAUGGAGAUCCUUAUGAGGAAAACGAUAACUAUCAAAUGUAUGAAAAUUAUGAUGAACAUGACAAUUAUGAUGAAUAUGAAAACUAUGAGGAAUAUGAAAUUGAUGGAGAAAUAGAUAAAAGAGAAGAUGAUAUUAAAAAUGAAAAGGAUGACGAAGAAACAAACAAGAAUAAAAUGUAUAUAAAUGGGGAAAGUUCUUAUAAUAAAGAUACCAUAAAUAUUAAACAAAAUGAUAAUAUUAAUAAUACAAAUGAUCAUGUAUCAGGUUUGAGGAAAUCUCAAACUGAUAAUGAAACACCUAAUGAUGAAAAUAUAAUAGAAAAUGUGGAACAUAAUAAAGAAAUAAAUUUUUCAAAUUCGUUUAGUUCACAUUGUUCAAAAGAUUCUAAUGAGUUAAGUGAAAAAAUUAACAGUCUAUUAAAAUAUUCCAGUAAUAAUUUUUCUAAAUCCCAAGAAGAUAGUUCUGUUAUAUUAGAAAAUUUAUUGUCUCGUAGCUAUACAAGAACUGAUUAUUUAAAUUCAAUUAAUAAUUCCGAAAAAAAAAAUAAGAUUGAUAGCGAUGAGAGUUUACUCAAAAACGAUGUCAAAUUAAAUAACAAUAAUAAUACCAAUAAAGAAGAUACACCAAAGCCGAAAAAAAAUAGUUUUAAUGAAAAUAAUGAUCCACUAUAUAAUGAUAGCGAAACAAAUUGUGUUCCUUUUGUUAGAAGGGCCACAAGGAAACUUACUUUUAAAAACCAAGGAGGAUUAGCUGGAUGUUUAAAAUUGGUUCAUGAAAAAAAAAAAGAAUUAUUAUCUUCAGCACAAAAUGAUGUAAAUGACAUGGAAAUUAAAAUUGCAAAUUUUAAAAGAAGAGCUAGAGAAUUGGCACAAAGAUAUAAAACAAAAAAUAAAUCUGCAAAUGAUCAGACAAAAACAGUUCCUGAAAAAGUCCGAUUUGAAGAUAUCGUUUUUCAAGCUCAAAGACAAAAAAAAGAAUUACAAGAAAAGGGUAAACUUCAAUAA